CUCGCCUCCCUCUCCUCUAGCUGCUAAUCUCACAAACCAAACAACUAGGUCUAAAGAGAGAAACACAAAAGACACUUUACUAUCUUUCUAGGGUUUCUUCUUCAAUCUCAUCGAUCACCAUGUACAGAACAGCAGCUUCGCGUCUCAGGGCUCUCAAGAGUCGUGCGGUCAAUAGGUCACUAACCAGGUCUGCAAGUUCAAGUGCUGUUGUUACAAAGUCUUCUUCAGGGGGUCUCUUUAGCUGGCUGACAGGGGAGAGUUCUAGUUCACUUCCCCCUCUACAAGUCCCACUUAAAGGUGUUACCCUUCCACCUCCAUUGCCUGACCAUGUUGAACCGGGUAAAACCAAGAUAACAACCCUCCCCAAUGGUGUCAAAAUCGCCUCCGAAACAUCUCCGACUCCUUCUGCCUCUAUUGGAUUGUAUGUUGAUUGUGGUUCAAUCUAUGAGACACCACAUUCAUUUGGGGCUACACACCUCCUGGAACGUAUGGCCUUUAAGAGCACAACAAACAGAAGUUACUUGCGUGUUGUGCGGGAAGUGGAAGCAAUUGGUGGCAUUGUGUCAGCAUCAGCUUCUCGGGAGCAGAUGGGAUACACCUACGAUGCUCUGAAGACUUAUGUUCCUGAAAUGGUAGAACUGCUCAUUGACUGUGUGAGGAACCCUGUUUUCCUGGAUUGGGAGGUCAACGAACAACUUCUGAAGGUGAAAGCUGAGAUUGCAGAAGCAUCAAACAAUCCACAAGGCCUACUUUUAGAGGCAAUUCACUCUGCUGGUUAUUCUGGUGCAUUGGGAAAUCCUCUUUUGACUUCAGAGUCUGCAAUUAGCAGAUUGGAUAGCACCAUUUUGGAGGAAUUUGUGGCUGAAAAUUAUACUGCUGCUCGAAUGGUCCUUGCAGCUUCUGGUGUUGAACAUGAGGAGCUGAUGAAAAUUGCAGAACCACUUCUGUCUGACUUACCCAGCAUACCUCGUCCUCAGGAGCCAAAAUCUGUCUACGUUGGAGGUGAUUAUCGCUGUCAAUCUGAUCCAGGGAAAACUCAUUUUGCCCUUGCCUUUGAAGCUCCUGGUGGCUGGAAGAAGGAGAAGGAAGCUAUGACUUUGACUGUUCUUCAGAUGUUAAUGGGAGGAGGUGGAUCUUUCUCGGCUGGCGGUCCUGGAAAAGGGAUGUACUCAAGGCUAUAUCUUCGUGUUUUGAACGAGCAUCCACAAAUUCAGUCAUUCUCUGCAUUCAACAGCAUGUACAACAAUACUGGCAUAUUUGGAAUUCAAGCUACCACUGGCUCUGAUUUUGUACCAAAGGCCAUUGAUAUAGCUGUUAAAGAACUUAUUGCAGUUGCCACACCUGGAGAAGUUGACCAGGUACAGCUAGAUCGUGCCAAACAGUCAACAAGGUCUGCCAUUCUUAUGAACCUCGAAUCCAGAGUGGUCGCAUCAGAAGAUAUUGGUAGACAAAUUUUGACAUAUGGAGAGAGGAAACCUGUGGAGCAUUUCUUGAGGGCUGUGGAUGAAGUUUCACUGAAGGAUAUUGCCUCCAUUGCUCAAAAGCUAAUUUCUACCCCUCUUACAAUGGCAUCUUACGGAGAUGUAAUUUAUGUCCCAAGCUAUGACUCAGUCAGCAGCAAGUUUUGUUCAAAAUGAAAUUGCGUCAUGCUAGGCGGGCACUCCCCUUAUUCUCAUUGAUUUGUUGGGCCCGUGCAGCAAACCUUUGAGUUGUCUUAUGGCCAAUUCUGUGGAAAAUAAAAAAAAAGAAAAUUUACUUAGUUUAAAAAUAAUUUGAUGACUCAGGCAGGCAAUAUUUGGAGGCACAAUUUCUUUUUUGUAUGCCUUGUAUUUUUUUUUUUUCCCACCUUCCUUUCUGUUUAUGACAAAUGGGUUUUUGUUCGAUGGUGUAAUUGUUGAUUUGCAUGUUUGCUGAGAAGUAUUGCAGAUUCUGUUUCUGUUUGAUGAUGAUUGAUUCAUAUUCUUGCUUUCAA